AUGCGUCAAAGAAGAGCUAAAUCCUAUAGAAAGCAAAUGUUAGUAUACAAUCACACUUUCAAAUUUAGAGAGCCAUAUCAAGCGAUUGUAGAUGACCAAUUAGUUUUAGAUUGUUGUCAAUCGAAAUUUGAUAUUCUAAAGGGUUUGAAACGUACGUUACAGGCAGAAGUCAAAGUGAUGAUCACACAAUGUUGUAUGCAAGCGUUAUACAAAACUGAUAAUCAAGAGGCAAUUAGUAUUGCUAAAGAGUUUGAAAGACGUCGUUGUAAUCAUCCUCCAAAGGAUCCCAAAUCUCCAUUGGAAUGUAUUGAAAGUAUUGUAGAUAUAAAAGGUUCCAACAAGCACAGAUAUGUUGUGGCUUCUCAAGAUAUGGAUAUCAGAAGAAAACUGAGAAAGAUUCCAGGUGUCCCAAUUGUACAUGUUUCAAGAGCGGUGAUGAUUUUAGAACCAUUAAGCGACGCCAGUUUGAAAAUUAGCGAAAGAUUGGAAAAGGAUAAAUUAUAUAAAGGUUUGAAUGAUUCAAAACACACAGCUGGUUUAGAUGAACCAAAAUCGGAAAAAUCGGAAAAAACCAGUGAAAGUAAGAAGAAUAAGGGACCUAAACAACCAAAUCCAUUAAGUAUGAAGAAAAGAAAAUCAAAGCCAGCUAGUAAUGAAGUUGAAGCUGAAACUGAAUCAAAGAAAAAAAGAAGAAGAAAGCAUAGAUCGAAUGCUAACUCUAAUGAAUCAGAGAUUAAACAUUCAGAUAAUGAAAACGCUAGCGAUGGCGAAUAA